AAAAAAAGUUCUACACACAAUUAUUGUAGUCUACCCUAAAAUUCAUAGUAAUAUUUUUGUAAGAAGUUAUGUAUGUUUUAGACAAAACGAAUAAAAUACUGUUUUGGGGAACCAAAUGCAAUUGAGACUCCGGAAUUAGUUAAAAAUUAUAAACAGCGCACCCCAAACUUUCCACUGUCAAAGUCCUAGCAGAAAAUUGCGCGCGAGAACGGCGGUCGCAAGGCGCCGGCGUCGGCGCCGUGACGUCCUUCGACGCCGCCUGUUACAUCGACGACGACCAGCCGCCUGCGAUAAUCAAUCGGGCAACAAUCGGCAUGUUGCACGCAAUUUGUUUGGUUGUGCUGCUGCUGGUCGCAGGCACGCACCAAUUCCAAAACAAACACCACAACAACGAGGAAGUGCUGAACGUCUUGAGGAGUGUGAGUUCCAGAUGCGACAACAUCACCAGAAUCUACACUUUGAGCGAGACUUCCGUCCUCGGAGUUCCGUUGUACGUCAUCGAGUUUUCCACCAAACCCGGACACCAUGAGAUACUAAAACCCGAGUUCAAAUAUAUCGGCAACAUGCACGGCAACGAAGUGCUGGGCAGGGAAUUGCUAUUACAGCUCGCCGAUUAUCUCUGCGAGCAGUACAGGGCUGGGAAUCAGGAAAUUCAGGAGCUGAUCGACAUCACUCGCAUCCACAUCAUGCCCUCCAUGAACCCAGACGGCUGGCAGCUUGCCACCGACACGGGUGGACAAGAUUAUCUGAUUGGGCGAAGAAACAACAAUUCUGUGGAUUUGAACAGGAACUUCCCAAACUUGGAUAGAAUCAUGUACAGCAAUGAGGAAAAUGAUAUAAAUGAAAACAACCAUCUUUUAGAGAGAAUCAAUCGACUUAAGGAACCUUUGGAGCCGGAAACCAAAGCUGUGAUACGUUUAAUCAUGCAAAUACCAUUCGUGUUGUCAGCUAAUUUACAUGGUGGAGAUCUGGUUGCUAAUUAUCCAUAUGAUGAAAGCAGAACUGGAAUGCAAAGCGAAGAAUAUGCUUCUACCCCCGACGAUGCUACUUUCAGGCACUUGGCUUUGUCCUACUCCACCAAACACUCGGACAUGGCGAACCCCUCGCGCAAGGGCUGCGGGGGCGACGCAGACAGCAGCAGGUUUGCGAAAGAGGGCGGCAUCACCAACGGGGCGCAGUGGUACAGCUUGGAGGGGGGCAUGCAGGACUUCAACUACUUGUCCAGCAACGAUUUCGAGAUCACUUUGGAGCUGGGCUGCGACAAAUACCCGAGCGCCGACGUUUUGGCGCAGGAGUGGGAGCGAAACAAGGACGCGCUCGUUAACUUUAUCUGGCAGACGCAUAUAGGUGUGAAGGGAAUAGUCUACGACAGCCUCACGAAGAGGCCGAUUCCCAACGUGGUCAUCCACGUCAAAAAUAUCACGAACAACCAAAAUACGGAUAUUUUGCACGAUAUAUUGUCAGUUCAAGAUGGCGACUAUUUCCGUCUCCUGACUCCUGGAGAGUACAAAAUAUCAGCCUACAAGAAAGGAUAUCUUCCACAUUCGAAACUUGUUCUUGUCACGAAUCCCGAACAUAGACAAGCUCAACGUGUGGACUUUGCCCUUAAACCUCUAAAGCGUUAUCCGUAUCAUUUCUCCAACUUUUUUUAUAAACCAUCAAGACCUUUCCAUGGUUUUGGUAAAAAUGGAAUCAAGCGGCCCUUUUGGAGACAUUUCUGAAAACAAUUACAUGGAUUCCAUGCCACAGGAGGGAUUUAAAGGAAUGCGGGGACCGUGGGGUAAUUGGAUACAAGUUGACGAAGAACCCAUUGCAAUCCAAUAAAAACUUAAAUUUUCAUUAAAAUUAGUUACUUAUACCAAACGUUUACUUUAAAACAAAGCAUCGCUCUACGAUAUUUUAACAUAUUUUGUAUGGGGUUAAAAUACAAAAAAGACACGUAUUUUCUCCCAAAAGACUUAAAAUAGUUAUUUAAUAUCUGCCCUGAUAAUUUAUUAGAGCGUUGUUUUAUUUAUAAAGAAACACCCUGUACAUUUCCGUUGACUUAUGGCACAUUAAAAAGUUUUAAAUCUGUUGAAUUAAAAUAUUGUAAAUUUAGCAUUUCACUAAAUAAAUUCUUUAUUUUGA